AUGGUCAGCUUUUGGAAGGCUCUGAAAGAAGUGGCCUGGACCGUCCUAAAGGCCACGCUGGCUGCUGGGCGGAUAACAGAUAACACAGCAGGAGGAGGACAGAAGCAUGGACACCAGUCAGGAGCUGACCGCGAUCAUCCAGAGGGUUUCAUCCUAAAUGACGCACAUGUGAAAAGGGCUGAGCGCAGACUGCUGUCCAGAAACCCCGCUCCGCACCACGUGCCCCGAGGGCUCCCGAGAAACACAGACUCGUCUGAAACCCGAGUUCUGCUGCCACCUUCGCUGUCCCCAGUGGGUAAAAGAAUCCUGAGCUCUUCUUGUAACUUUGGAUUUGAUUUCCACGUGCAGUGUGAGCCGGGGCUCUCUGUACAGCUAGAGGGGAGAUGGAUAACUUCCUCACCAGCUCGGGGAAGACCUGAAGGACUGAAGCCCGUGCCCUCGAUGAGAACCGUUUUCUGUGACAAGUUCACAACUUCUAGAACACAGGCAGACCCUGAGUGCUGA